CCUGGUUUGUCGUCUGGAUCUGGAAAAACAAGAGUCGAAACCUACUGUAUAUAUCCUGUGUGGAGGGCGUUUCUGGUGAUUGGUUGCCGUACAGAGGGACAUGCCUCUGAAUGAUGGGAAGAUGAACUGGCCCCAGAACGGCCCGGAUGACCAGGUCAGGAGCAUGGUGACGGAGAUCCCCCAGCCAGCCAGCAGUGAUGAUGAGUGGAGUGAUGCAGGUUCUGAGGAGGAGGAGACAGACCCUGCAGCAGCAGCCGGGUACCAGCUGUUACCUCAGGACCCUGACGCGGUCCCCAGCUCUCACCCCGAACCCACACAACAAUCCAACAACCAGGGUACAGCUGCAGGCAUCUUACUGGGAGUAGGAGGACACACCAGUCAGGGUUUCCCCCUCCCUGCUGCCCCACACGUGGAGCACGAUGACUUCAUCAUCGCUGCAGAGGAGGAGGACUCGGCCUGUCAGCAGCCCAUGCAACCUGAGCAUGCAGAGCUGGUGAAGUCCGUGAUGGCAGGUUUCCAGCUGCCGUCCUCCGCCAUCCCUCGAUGGGCAGAGGAGUUACCGGAGGACCAGUGGAAGGCUGCCGUCCUGUCUCACAUCGGGAAACCCUCAGAGAGUGCCGUUAAUACUGCACAGGCAGAGGGCUCCAGUCAUAGAAAUAACCAGCCAGAUGGUACAUAGUGCCAUGAGGAGGACCAGCAGAAGGCUGCCAUCCUGUCUCACAUCGGGAAACCCUCAGAGAGUAGUGGUAAUACUGCACAGGCAGAGGGCUCCAGUCAUAGAAAUAACCAGCCAACAGAUGGUACAUAGAUGCAAUAUAUGAUGUUAAACUUAAAGGCAGUAUGGCAUUCAAAUCCCUAUUAUAUUUACAUGUAUAUUGCUAUGAUAGUUGUAAGUAUGGGAGACACCCAGGGCAUUUGGAACACAUGAAUAGAUCCUGGGAAUUAGCCUGGGUGCCAUCCUAUUUGUAUCUCCAGAGCUCCCAUAUACUUGGUCCCUGAAAAAUAGGGAGCGAGUAUGGGAGCCCCAGCAUACAAGUAGGAUGGCACCCAGGCUACCUGGCCAUCGCAAGCACGUCGGCAGAACGUACUG